UAAAAUCAAAUGUAUAUAAUUAUGUGCAUGUUGAACAAUGGUACAAUGUAGACUUAUUCGAUGUCGCGUUUAAAUGAUCCACAUGCAGCAUAAAGUCCGAGAUUACAAUUUAAGUGGUAUUCUUUCUUAGUUUGUCGGGAUGCAUGAGAAAAGGCCAUCAGCAGUGCGUGUGUUGGUAUCAUUAUCUCUUCCUUUUUGCCUUUGGCUUUGGGCCAUUGUCGCACCCGGAUGCUUUAUCAUAAAAUGGGAAAGCACAAAAGCACUACCUGUAUCAGUUCAUAAGUAUAACCCUCUUGUACCCUCUUUGAUGAACAGUAAAUCUGACCCUCUGAACACUACGACUAAAUAUUCUCUGGAGAUGAGCAUCUUUUACGUCACUGUAUGUGAGUCUGGAGUAUGCGUACAAGUGGACUAUGAGAAACUCCCCCCAAAAUUAAGAAACAGUCUACCUGACCUGACGGAAAUUCAGAUUGAGAGCAUUUCUGCUUUGGUUCUUUGUGUGAUUGCCUUCUUUUUUCUGCUGUUGAACUUUGGAAAUUCUUCCCGAGUUGUAAAAGGGGGGAUCAGUGUGUUUUUGGCCGCUGCUGUUGAAUCUAUUAUGGUUAACCGAAUGGCCAUUGCGAAUACAACAACAAACGUAAGCAAAGUUGAAGAUGCCAUCGAUUCAAUCUGGGAUUAUGAUAGUUUUUCAUGGGACUUCCCUUACUCCCUCAUCAUUGCCUUUGUUGGCACAUUUUCCUGUUUUAUUGUACUUGACCUUUGGGGAGAUUUGUACAACAAAAUUAGACGACAGCAAACCACAGACAGUCGAGUGCUGAAAUUGUUUCCGAUCAUCAAUCCCAACAACUUCACAAUUCUGGUAGAAAGCAAAAUUACAUAGAUGCAUUAUCUGUAGCCUUAGAUAUAUCAUAUAAAUGUACCAAGAAUAUCCAACCAGUUUAUGUACGAUGCUUGAUUAAAAAUUAAUAUCACAUUGUC